AUGAUGGGGAAACUGCCCCUGGGGGUUGUCUCCCCUUAUGUGAAGAUGAGUUCAGGGGGCUGCUCAGACCCUCUGAAAUUCUACGCCACCAGCUACUGCACAGCCUACGGUCGGGAGGAGUUCAAACCCCGCAUGGGCAGUCACCGAGGCACAGGUUACACCUCGAAUUUCCGGCCCUUGGCCUCCUACCGCGCCAAUCUGGACGCCCCGGACAAGCCGGUCAUGGGGGAGGAGCCUCACCAGGACUUCCAGACAGUGAGCGGCCAGAGCUACCGCCCCCUGGAGGUGCCCGACGGCAAGAGCCGGCUGCCCUGGAAUCUGCACCAGACCGGCUCUGGCUACUGUCGGGAAAAGUCCCCUGGGGCCACCCCCAGCAAGGAGGUCAGGAAGGUCCAUUUUGACACCCAGGACUAUGGGCCUCAGGCCAUCACGGGGCUGGAGCCCAGGGAUUUGCCUCUGCUCCACCAGCAGCAAGGCAAGGGCUCGCCGGAGUGGGAGAACUCCCGGCACGGUCCACGAUUCAUGACUUCCGAGUAUAAUUCCAAGUAUCUUAAGGAGCCUUUGAGCCCGCCAGAUCUCUUGCAGAAGAAAUCAAUAGGCGCCAAGGAGGAGACGGGCUUCACUGAGGGGUCUGCCAAGAACCCCAUUGUCUUCCAGUCACCCUCCCAGGCCCUCUCCGGGGACCCUGUCUCCCUUCCCGGCCGCAGCAUCACCAAGUCGGACUUCCUCCCCAUGAGCCACCCUCAGGGGGAUGAGCUCCUGCCUGUGCUGGCCAGAGGCUCUGAUCGAGAGACCAGCUUCAGCCGAGGAGCAAAUGAGCGGAUUCUGAACCCCAGAAUGCCCCCUCCUGGCCCAGAACCCAGCAGCAUGAACCCCUGGCAAUUCCAGCCACCCCAGCGGAUGCAACAGACAAACGUCGCCCUGCUUGGCCGAGAGACCGCCGUGGGGAACAAGGAGCCCACAGGCUACAGUCUGAACAACCAGGGCUAUGUCCGGAGCGCCUGUGACCCCGACUUGAGUAACCGCUACCUGACCACCUACAACCAAGGGUACUUCGAGAACAUUCCUAAGGGCCUGGACCGAGAAGGCUGGACUAGAGGGGGCGUCCAGCCCCAGAAACCAGGAGGCUACGCCCUCAACCAGCCGGUCACCCACAUGGAGGCCACCCCCAACCCCGAAGAGGGCCUGCGGCGCCUGCACCCCACAGUGGGAAGAGCCCUGAUGUCCGCUGACCCCUUCUACAGAACCACACCUCACAGCAGCCGCUUCACGGGGCCCAACUGAGCUGGGUUUGCCACCUCAAGGGGGCAGGAGCCGGCUGCUGUCCCCACCUUCACCCCGUUCCUGCUGGGGUUCCCUGCAACGUUCCUGAAGGAAUAAA